AAAAAGAUCAUUAAGUUAAAAGUUCAGAUUGGUUAGUGAUGUCUGUCUUGUCUGUUGUUAUCAAAAAGGGAAAGGGAUCUUGUCGAAAUGAUCCGAACGGUGAUCAGGUUGUCUCCAAGUUUUGUCUUACCAAUUUUUCGUGAAAGAAAUGAAAAUGAUUACGAUGUCCUUAACAGACCUCUGCCUGGAGGCCCUCAGACAGGCUGGGAUCGGGUUAAAGCCAUGUAUAAAAAAAACGAAUUCGACGAAGUUUCUCCUGAACUGCAUACAGUUGUGCAAUCCACAUUGUGCGGUGCAUUUGUUGGUGUUUGUUUCGGAGGAUUUGUCUCAUCUCGAGAAGCCUACUUGUAUUUUAUUGAAAAUAAUCAAGCAACCGCUUAUAAAACAGUAGGCGAUGCAAAGAAAAAACUGCAAGACUAUGUAACAAUUGGAUUUGCCAAAGGUGCCUACAAGUGGGGAUGGAAAUUAAGUAUUUUUACAGGAAUGUUCAGUUUGAUAGCCACAACAAUAUCUGCAUAUCGUGGAGAUACAACACUCAUCGAGUACACAACUGCAGGUGCACUUACCGGAGCAUUGUAUAAAGCAAAUUUAGGAUUGACUGCUAUGAUUGUUGGUGGUUCCCUAGGAGCUGUAUUAAGUACAAUAGGUGGACUUUUAAUUAUUGGAAUAUUAAAAAUUACUGGUGUUCGUAUGAGCGAUAUACGACAAGCAUUAUACAAAAUCAAAGAAUCUAGGACUGAUCACUAUAAUCAAGCAAUAGAGAAAUCAUCAAAAAUCAAACACGACGAUUUGACAAGACAUCAUGACACAAUAGUCCAAGAGCAAGGUGAAGUGAAGAUUGAGGAAGUUUAAUUAAAAUUCAACGUAUCAUACCGUAAUUUCACGAAGAUGUAAUAAACUAGGAUGGUAUAUAAAACUAUCGAAUGCUUGAUAGAAAAUGCUUUUGCAAAGCAUUUGAGAUUAAAAGAGUUACCUAUUUAAUUUUAUGUUUGUAAAUAUUGUAAGUGUUGUACAUUAAAACCUCAUUAUAAUGAAA